UUACUUUUUCUUUGCCAAAAUUUGUUUAUUCACGGUAGUUCUGCAUUGUUGUUUUUCAUGAGAUAUGCCACUUAUGAAUCUGCACCAUAUAUUGUUUCAAAGUUUUCGAACUGCCUUUUUACUUACAGUGCGAUGUUGAGUUUCCAUUUCAGCUCUUUUUUGGUUGGGAAGUUCAACUUUUAAUAUCAUUGCUGCAAAAACUUUUUUCCUUGUCUGGUUGUAUAUUUUCCUUAGAAAUAGAUUCCGUGGUUUCUACUAAAUAAAAAAUAAGACUGCCUCUAUCAUCAAAUUGAUGAUAGCAAACAUGCUAUAUUGGCUUAUUGAUCUUCUAUUUUCCCUAUGUAUAUGCUGAUGACUAUCUCACUCAAACUGCUCUCCAACCACACAAACUACUCGUCGCCUGAGUUGUUGCAAAAUUGCUCUCAUGGCUUUCGUCUUCCAUCUUCGAUCAAGGUGGCUCGGGAAGGCAAGGAACGGAGGCGGCAGUGGGCACAAAGAAAGGCUCAACCAAAAUCAAGCAAGGAGCACACUGCAGAAAUUAAAGAGAUGGAGCAACAGCAGGAGGCACCCUAUAUACCAGGAAUGCUUCCAAGCAAUAUUGUUGAAGCUCUUGCAGCCCGCGAGAAGCAAACCUUCUCAUCAGACUCAGAGGAAGAGAUCAUAAAUCAUAAACCUACCACAAGAAAGAAAAAGCAGAAGUCCUCUGGGCCUGAAACAGUUAUUUUAAAAGACAUCCCUCCUGCCCAAUGCUUGGAGAAUUCCAUGGGGUUUCUUAAGAGGAGAAAGAUGCAGGUCUCCAGAUCAACUUCCAUUCUGAAAAAUGCGAAUCAGGCACUGCGCCUCCUUUCCUCACAAGGCAGCUUAUUUAGCAAGAGUUGAAUGUGUACCAUCUCUUGGGCCGUGGCUCCUUCCUGGAAAUCCCUGAAAGUUCUAAUUUGCAAGCACCAUCACUAUAUAGUUCACUUGCUAUGGGUUUUUGGAAUAUGUAUCUAAAGCUUGAUUGCCACAGGGCGUUGAGAGUUAGCAUUGUAGCAUGUCUUGUGUGGUUAAUUUAUGAACGCCAUGAAAUUUUGAAAUCUAAACAAGGGUAUUUAGCUGCUGUGAGCCUUU